AUAUGAACUGCCUCUAUGAACUAUUAUUUUUAGAUGUGGUGUCAGCUUUUCAAAACCUGUCCCAGGACUGGCCCAGUAACGCCAUCCCCCCCUCCACCCUUCGGGACUUUGUGGGGUUGUACUUCGACGAACCCGGGCAGGAGUUUGAUCCCUGGACCCCACCUGACUGGAAAGACAAUCCGAAGCUUCUGGGCAGGAUAGAAGACCCAGCCCUGGCCGGCUGGGCUGCGAAGCUCAAUCAACUGUGGAAGUCUCUUGGAAGGAAGAUCCGCCAGGAGGUGCGAGACCACCCCGAGCUCUACUCCCUGAUCCCCACCCCCCACCCCCUGGUAGUGCCGGGGGGGCGCUUCAGGGAGCUGUACUACUGGGAUUCCUAUUGGGUGGUCAACGGGCUGCUCCUCUCAGAGAUGACGACCACUGCCCGAGGAAUGAUCCAGAACCUCCUCUACCUUGUAGACAGAUACGGCUUCGUUCACCGGCGCAGCCAGCCUCCGUUCCUGACGUUGAUGGUGGAGAGCUACUACCAGGCCACCCAGGACCAGGACUUCCUCAGGGGAGCCUUGCCCACUCUGGACAAGGAGUACUCCUUCUGGAUGCAGAACCGCUCCCUCACCCUGCAUAAUCACACGCUCAACCGCCACCACGUCCCCGUGGGCUCCCCCAGGCCUGAGUCCUACACAGAUGAUCUGGAGCUCGCUGAGGGACUAACCACCGACCUCCAGAAGCAGCUGCUGUGGGAGGAGCUAAAGGCGGGGGCAGAGUCUGGCUGGGACUUCUCCUCCCGCUGGUACCGAGCCACGCCCCCCGGGCCAGACCCCGUCCGGGGGACACGGGGGGCCAGCCAAGUCCUGCCGGUGGACCUCAACGCCCUGCUCUGCCGCAACGAGAGGACCCUGGCCUCCUUCCACAGGCUCCUGGGGGACCCCGAGGCGGCCGCUGGCUACGAGCGCGCGGCGGCAGUCAGGCAGCGGGCGAUGGAGGCCUUGAUGUGGGACGAGCGGCGCGGCGCCUGGUUCGACUUCAGCCUCCUCACCAACGCCACCCGGACGCAGUUCCACCCCUCCAACCUGGCGCCGCUCUGGGCGCAGUGCUUCUCCACGCCCGCCAUGGCUGAGAGGGCCCUGCUGUACCUCCGGGAGUCUGGGGCGCUGCGGUUCCCUAACGGCGUCCCCGCGUCGCUGCAGGACAGCGGGCAGCAGUGGGACUACCCCAACGCGUGGCCCCCGCUGCAGCACAUGCUCAUUGAGGGUUUGUCGAAGUUGCCUUCAAGUGAGGCCAAAAAACGGGCAUUUGAUUUGGCCCAGAACUGGAUCAGAACCAACUGGAGGGCGUUUGACAAGUACGACGCCAUGUUUGAGAAGUAUGAUGUGAACGGAGACGGUAAACCAGGCGGGGGUGGGGAGUAUGACGUUCAGCUGGGCUUCGGCUGGACCAACGGCGUGGUCCUCCAGCUCCUGGACCUCUACGGAGACCGGCUCACCGCCGGAGGUCUGAGUGGGACCACCACCAGCUCGCUGCCCCUGCUGCUCUGCCUGCUCCUCGUCACGCUCCAGUGACCUCCUCCCACAGCGCCCGGUCGGCAGCGGCGCGGGCUUAGCGUACGGCCGAGUUCACUUUACUGCACACCCGCCUCAGAACACACGUCAGCUCACCGCUAUGGCUCCCAGGGAGAGAGCCCACGUCGGACGGAUGAACGCAUUACCCACGGGGACGAGGAUGUCUGUCUUUAGGUUUGGUUUUCAUUUGAAUAACAAAACAUGUCUGAGUGCUGUAGCGACUCGAUUUAUGGCUUCAUAUUAAAAUGAUUUCAACCAUA